AUGGGUGUCCUUACAGAUCUUUUGUUUGCAGGUGGCGACGGCACCCAAGGUCAUGGAAAAAAGCGACUCAAUGGGUAUAACUUGUGGAUGAUCCUAUUCGUCUCGAUCGGUUCGCUGUGCUAUGGCUAUGCUGCCAACGUCAUUAGUGCAACGCUGGCCCAGCCAACGUUCAUCACUUAUUUUGAGCUUGACACUCGAUCAAAUGCGACUGCUCUGCUUUCCGCGACGAACGGCAUCUUCCAGACCGGUGGUGUGAUUGGAACACUUACUUUGGCAUACUGGAGCGACAAGUUUGGCAGAAGAGGAGGCCUUGCAAUCAGCGCGCUCCUAAUCCUUCUCUCGGGAGCUAUCCUCGCAGGCAGUGUUCACAUCGGCAUGUUUCUCGCCUUCCGAUUCUUCGCCGGUGCUGGUACCUUCAUGAUUCUGGCCGCCGUGCCAAUCUGGAUGCCAGAAGUAUGCCCACCGUAUCUUCGAGGAGCGCUCGUCCAGCUCCACGCAGUAGUUCUCGUGCUUGGAUAUAUGGCUGCCUCAUAUCUAGGCUACGGUUUGUUCCACUGGAAGGCUGGCGGAAACAUGGUCUGGCGAAUCCCAUUCAUCGUUCAAUGCUUUUGGCCAUUGUGCCUGCUGCUGGGGUUGUAUUGGUGUCCUGAGAGUCCUCGAUGGCUUAUCCUCCAGGGCCGACUCGAUGAAGCCAGGCAGAUUCUCCUACGUCUCCAUGAUGAUCCUAGUGAUCCAACCCACAACUUCGCUCAGACUGAGUUUCUCCAAAUCAAGAGGCAACUUGAGGUCGACAAAAGCUUGCCUACUAGCUGGCUCCACAUCUUGCAGAAGCCUUCGCACAGGACGCGUGCUCUCGUCACGAUUGGUACGACUGGCUUCAUCCAGUGCUCGGGAAUUCUUGUCAUCAACAAUUACGGCCCUCUGCUCUACAAGCAGCUUGGAUUUGAUACGGCCACUCAACUCCUCUAUGGUGCCGCAUGGUUGACUUUGGCCUUGGGUCUCGAUCUCGUCGCUUGCUUCCUCAACGACCACUACCCGCGGAACAAAUUCAUGGCCAUCGGUGUCUUUGGCUGCAUGGUCGUCCUCGCAACUGAAGCUGGCAUUGUGGCAACAUACCUCGGAGGCACAAACAAGGCUGCUUUGCGCGCCGGAGUUGCUGUCCUCUUCACUAUAGAGCUACCCUAUGAUUUUUUCCUUAAUGGAAUGCAAUUCAUCUACAUCAGUGAGGUGUGGCCGAUGCACCUUAGAGCGAAGGGGAUGUCUUUGGGCGUUGCCAUGAUCUCGUUGAUGAACAUCGUCUGGCUGCAGUCUGCACCUACCGCGCUGGCCAACAUCGGCUGGUACUACUACCUUGCAUUUAUCAUUCCUGGGACCAUUGGCUCGGUCAUCAUGUGGUUCUACUUUCCAGAUACUCUUGGCAAGCCGCUUGAGGAGACAGCUGCACUAUUCGGCGACAAAGAUGAGGUUGUCGCGUACAUGCGAGAUAUCGCAAUUGAUGAGGACGAUGCGAGUGGCUCGCAUAGCCCGGGAAGAGAUGAAAAGGAGAAUACUGCUAUCGAAGUCGAGAAGGUAGCUUGA